CUCUCCCCAGGCCGUGAGAGCAGGAUUCCUCUGCACCUCAGAGGGGAAGGCCAAGGACCCUUGGUUGAACUCAGCUCUCCUACACUGAGCCUUGGGAAGAUUUUUAUUGACACCCCCUAUGUCUACGAGGUGAAACUGAUGAACAAAGGAGCUCUUGAUGCUCCCUUCACCUAUAUCCCUUCAGACACAAAUGUGGACUUCUGCUUCAAGCUUGAGCCCGAGCGGGGCAUCAUUCCACCAGGUGGGACCCAGACUGUCCAGAUCUCCUUCCAUACCACCACCACGUUGGGGUGGUUUGAGGAAGAAUUCCAGUUCGGUGUGGCUGAAUCUCCUACACCUGUGAUCCUGACCAUCAAGGGCAGCGUCACUGGACCGGAUUUACAUUUCGACCUCCCUGAGCUCGACUUCGGGGACAUCUCCUUUGAAGGCUUUUGUUACUCUGAGACUGUGCUCUACACAUGGAGCAGCAGAAGAAUGAAGGCCAAAUCCUCCCUCAAGAACUGGAGGAUAUCACAUGUGACCCUGUGCUCCAACACGGUGAUGGAGUUCCACCGGAGAUUGCUGGUGGACGUGGAGGGUUUUGGUGAGGGAGUGGCCACCCUGACCAUCACAGCCAGAUGUCUCGCUCCUGAGCUGCAGGUGUACCCCCAAAUCCUGCUGUAUGACAAGUGCCACCUGAAGGAGCCAUACGAGGGGAAGCUCUUCAUUAGGAACCUCAGCAAAGUUCCUGGCUGCUACGGGCUCAUUCCCCAGAAACGCAAGGAGGACUCUGCUGUGCUCUACUGCAGCCCCAAGCCCUGUGGGAUUGUGCAGCCUCACAGCACUGCAGAGAUCCCAGUUGUGAUCGAGGUGCAGGCAGCGGGCGAGCAUCGCACCAACGUUCUCGUCGGCGUGUUCGGGGAUGAGAGAAACCCCCUGAGAGUAGAAUUACGGAGCUCUGGACAGCUGGCAGAAAUCUACCCAAGUCCAAGUCGGUUAGAGUUUGGCAGGAUCCCAGCCCUACAGCCUGCUUCACAAAGCUUUACCCUCUUCAACAAAGGUCUUGUCCCUACAGACUUCAGGCUAGAAAUGGCUUCCAAAUCCCAUUGCUUUGUUACUGAGCCCAGUGAAGGAGUGAUCCCUGCUAGGGGUGAGGUUCCUGUGACUGUCACAGCAAGCCUGGAUGACACUGGCCCUUUUGAUGACACUGUCCAGCUGUUCAUUGGGAACAGCCUUUGGAGCAGCGUCUCUCUCCAGGCUUUCGGCAUUGGCACCACAAUUGUCACAGACAAACCAUUUGCCCCAGAGCUCAACUUGGGAUACCAAUUCAGCCUCGUGCCCUGUAUUUAUCGAUUCCAAGUAACAAACAGGGGCCACCAUUUGCAUGGGCUCUUCUGGAGUGCGGAAUGCUGCAGCCCACCUGAGGAGGAGGGCCAGAGUGUCUCAACCCUCAGCAGCCCCAGGGAUGAUUCCCAGAGCCCCAGACGUGCCAGCCCCGUGUUUGGGCUGCAGCCACUGUCCAUGGAGCUGCAGCCAGGCCAGUCUGAGGCCCUGGUGCUGCGAGGCUUCUCCCGCAUCGCACAGGAGGUGCAGGAUUAUGUGUACUGUGAAGCCCUCGUUGGGACAUCCCUCAAGAGGGAGAGGAUAAUAGAAACUAUCGUUACCUGUGAGUUUAUUCACCCCUCUAUAGAAGUAUCAGCCAGAGAAUUCUCUUUCUAUGUGGAGAAGAAACCCAGUGAUGUCCUGAGGCUGCAGUACCAGCCUUUGGCUUUAAAAAACACCUGCCUGCUGCCACUGGAGCUCAUGCUGCACUUGGAGCAGCCGUUCCUGGUCUGUGAUCAGGAGCAGCAGCCCCUCCCAGGUGGCCAGGUGAGCAGCCCUGGGCUCCUCCAGUGGGCUCUGAAGAGGAGGGAUGUGGUGGUGCCUUUCUGUUGGGAGCUCCUUGAGUCAAGAAGUUUAUUCUGGAGCAUCAGCAGUGGGCUGCCUGUGAGAGUGGAUGUAGGGGAGACCUGUCAUCUCUACGUCGUGUUUGACCCGGCUUAUGAACAGGAUUUUAAGAGCUGGAAAACACAGAAGGUGCUGAAGAUAGACAUGGUCAGGGGCCAUCCUUUUGUGGAGCGUAUCGCCCUGCGGGGAGAAGUGCACUUCCCCAGUGUCCAAAUGCAGCCCAGCUCCCUGGAGUUUGGCUGCACCGUGGCCGGCACUGACAAAGCGCGUUCCCUGGAGAUGCCCAAGUGCAGCCCACUGCCCGUGGAGUGCCGCUGGUCAUUCCGUCCCGACAGCCAGGUUUUUGAUGUCCGGCCCCUGUGGGGUGAGCUGCAGCCAGGAGAGAGCGAGCAGGUCACCUUCACCUUCUUUGGGCACGCCAACAUCGUGGCCCGUGUCAGGGCGCUGUGCCACGUGCAGGGAGGCCCCACCUACGAGGUGGCGCUGACCGGGGAGGCCUCGUGCCCCAGCUACCAACUGGACGUGGAGGAGAUUGACUGGGGGCUGCAGGUGUUUAACAAAGUCCUCAAAGCAGAGGUGACCCUGCGGAACACCGGGGUUAUGGAAUUCACCUACGUGGUGCCAAACUCCAGCACUGGCACUGCAGCAGAGCCUCUGCCUGGAGUGCCCGUGGUCGUGCCCACUGCAUCAGACACUCAGCUGCAGAUAAAGAUGAUGAGGAUGCUGAUAGAGAAGGCUGCUCUGGAGCUGCAGCAAAAGCUCACAUCCCAUCCCCUGAAGAGCAGGUUCCCUGACAAGGAGCUGUGCCAGAGCCUUGUCAAAGUUGAGCUGCCUGAGUAUGUCCUGGACAUGGGCACUGUCCUUAAGGGUUUCACUGAGAGCAGCACUCUGGAGAUCACCAACCCUGGGCAGAUCCCAGUGUUCUUCCAGGUCGAUGUAUCUGUCCUGCAGGGCACAGGUUUCAGCGUGGGCCUGGGCCUGAUGCAGAGCCUGCCCCCCAGCCACAGCGUGGCGUUUGACGUGCGCUUUGAAAGUGCCCACUAGCCACAGGGUGACGUGGAUGUGCUGCUGCCCAUAGAGGUGACAAAAGGCCCUGUGUACAGCAUCCGCCUCCGCGCCACUGUGUUGGAAGUGUCGCUCGACCUCUCCAAGAACACACUGCAGUUUUCUGACAUCCUCGUUGGGCAGUGCCAGGUUGAGACCAUCCGACUCUACAACCGGUUCCGAGUACCCUGCAAAUGGUUCAUUGCUUCCAACAAGCCUGUUCUGAAGGUAAAGCACAGCGUGUUUGAGGAAGCUUCUGAGGGUCUAGAUCAAGAACACAAAUAUGUAGGUCAGAAGCAGCAGGCGCUGGAGGAUGAGCCCUGUCCCUUUGAAGUGACGCCCUGCAAAGGAACCCUUGAUCCAGGAAGGUGGCAGAAUCUGCAAAUCCAGUUUACACCCAAGGAGGAGAGGUCUUACAAGAAUGAGCUGAAGCUUAACAUUUGUGGGAGCAGCAAUCACUUAAAGCUGCACCUCUCAGGACAAGGUCUGGAGGCACGGUUGGAGUUCAGCCCCCCAGCACUAAAGAUGGGACGGGUGCUGGUGGACAGCGAUGGGGUGGAGGCCACAGUGGUGGUGAAGAACCCAUGCAACUUCCCCAUUGAGUUUUACUCCCUGGAUUUUGAUGAGCAGUACCUUGAGGAGGAGAAGAUCCUGCGGAUGGCAGUGGGGUCUGAAUACCAAAAGAGAUUUUUUAUGCCUCCACGUGCUGUGGGUGAGACUCUGCCUCCAGAGGUUCUGCAGGACCAUGAAGCACAGAGGAGGCCAAAGGCUCAAGAGGCAGAGCUCAAGGCCAGGGCAGAGGCCAAGGCCAGGCCUGAGGCUGAGGCCAAGGCCAUGGGCAAGGCAGCAGCAGCACAUCACAGGACUGUCCCAUUCUGUCCUGAGUCCAUGGUGAAAGAGACUGGGAGUCCUGUCUCUCAGGCUGUCCUGCGCCACCUGGGCAUUGACCCAUCCUCAGGGAGGCGCGAAGGGCAGCCGCACCGAGGGAUGGUUGUCAUCAUCCAUGGGCCACCCCAGGCAGGAAAGACAGAGGUAGCAGCAGGCCUGUGUCAGUAUUACGAUGCUGCUUACGUGUCCAUUGACACCGUGGUGAAAGAGGCCAUGGCCAAGGACGGGAGCCCAGCGGGGCUCUGCCCGGCUGCCUGGAAAGGAAACACAAAGGUGAUGCUGGGCACCCAGGCUGCCAUGGAGCUGGAAGGCAAAGACGAAUGUCACUUCUGCUUCGAUAAAAAGUCUCAGACCAAGAAUAAACGAGCCUCUGGGGAAAACACAGACAAGAAUGUCAAAGACAAGACUCCUCCAGCACAAAAGAAGGACUCAGCCAGCAAACUUGACAAAAAGGACAUCAAGCUGAACAUCAUCAGCAGUCGUGGGGAAGAGCUGAACUGCUUGAGCUGUGUGCUGCCCGAGGAGCUGCUGGUGGACAUCCUCAGUGAGAGGCUGAAGCGUAAAGACUGCUCCAAGGGAGUGAUCUUUGAUGGCUUGGAGAGCCUCUUUGCAAGCAGCCUGGAAUCUUCACUACUCUGUGUACUCAGAGCUGUCAAGAAUCGUUAUCAUAUCUUCAUGGUGAUAGAUGCCAGAUCAGGUCGAGGAGGCCAGGCUGUCGCCAACAUCCCACUGAAGGUGUCAGCCAAAGCCGUGUACAGCAAGUACAGCAUUGAGCCUGCCUCACCCAUCGACUUUGGAGUCAUGAUCAAGGGCACCAAGAAGAGCCAGACUGUGGUGCUGGAGAACAAAGGCAUGCUCCACUUCAAAUUCUGCAUCCACCAACCACCCGAGGAUGCAUCUACAUCAGAAAGCAAAAGUUCAAAGGAAGGGGAAUCUGCUCCAUUGGCUACUAGGCUCUCAACAGCAAGGAAAUCAAGCUCCUUGACACAGAGUCACCUCAAUCUUGGCAUGUUCACGGUGUCCCCCUGCUCCGGCUCCAUCGGUCCGUGGGGCCAGCAGAAGAUCACAGUGGACUGCUUCGCAGGGCAGGAGGGGAAAUGUGAGGCGCAGCUCUACAUUGACAUCCCAGGCAGAGACCCCAAGGAAAAUCCCCUCGGCAUUCCCUUCACCCUGAUUGCCGAGUCCUGCCUCCCAGGACUUGCUGAGGAUGUGAUGUUAAUCUUCGAGGAGUACCCGAUCUGCAGCAGCACCGACCUGGACCACAAGCUGCAGUCAGUGAAAGGCACGGGCCUGUUCAUCAGAGAUGAGAACAGGUUCAUCUUCAACAAGGUUCUGGUUGGCCAAGAGGCAGAAGCUCAUUUCAGUAUCUACAGUGCAAGCCGCCUGCCAUGUGAUGUGGUCCUCUCCAUCAAACCCCUGCCUGGAGAGGAACAAAUCCCUAUCAACAACAUUUUCAAGUUGGAUCCAGUCAAGAUGUCUAUUCCUGGCUCAUCCUAUGCUGUUGCUACAGUGACCUUCACUCCGCCGGAUGAGCAGAACUACAACUGCACUUUCAAGGCUUCCCUUGUCAUCCCAAAAGGCCCUGUGAAAAUUAAACCCCAAACCGUGACCUUCACCAUCAGUGGGAAGGCGCACGAGGCCCAGCUGACAGUCGUGUGCCCCAGCGCUCGCAGCAAGAGGGGAACGGCCGUGCUGCGCUUCAAGAGGCUCCAGCUGGGGAGAUCCGAGAAGCUGCCCCUGGUCGUCCGUAACAAUGGCAUCAAACCUGUCAAGUUUAUGUUACGCCUGGAGCAUCAGCACGGAGCGUUCAUCUUGAAGGGCAGGGCCUCCACACUCAAGGUAUUCCACACUGAAGAUGAGGACUCCGUCGGAAAUGAGAGCAAGCCCACAAAGCCUUUCUUUCUUCUGCAUCGUGGGCAAUCGGCAGAGUUUGAUGUAAUUUUCAACCCCACUGUGGCUCAACGUGUGGAAGGGAAGAUUUGUGUCUUGGUGGGGGACACCAACUCUAACAAGGUCCUAGUAGAGCUGGUGGGUGAAGGCCACAAGGAUGAAUUCACCCUCAGUGGAUUGGAGGAAGACACAGAGGAGAGGACUGCUAAGUGCAGUCUGAAGAAAGCCAUCAUUGAGGCUGUCAGAGUGAAUCACAUCGAGUUUGGGCACUGUCCUGUCGGGGAGCCCUGCUGGAGGGCCUUGACCAUUAUCAACCACCACGCCGCGACCAAGGUCAUGCGCUUUGAGUGGGAGGCAGACGCCCCAUUCCUGUUCUCCCCCAAGGUGGGACACCUCCAUCCUGGCUGUGCCAAGGACAUCACAGUGACCUUGAGAUCAGAUGUCCCAGCCACCUUCAGAAGGCACCUGGUGACAUGUAAGGUGACCACAAUCAACUUGGAGCUGCCACAGAGGAAGGUUCAGGACUGGGAUGACCAAAUGACCAUCACCAUGUGGAAGAAUAGCACCAGGAAAGACCUGGCAGCCAGGUGGCCUAAAAUAGAGAGGGUGGUCGAGCCAGUCCCAGAAACGGAACACACUGUGGUGGAGGAGAGCAGCCAGGAGGCCGAGGUGCGCCUCAGUGUUGCUGUUGCCUACACCCAGCUGAAGACGAAUACGAUCGUGAUUCCGUUCAAGGAUACCUUGCCCUUCCAGACAAGGACAGCCACUUUCAGAAUUCACAACGCAGGGAAGGUACCUCUGGAAUACUACUGGGAGGAACCUGUUGCUAGUAAACCAGUGAAGAAGGCAUACUCAAUCGCUCUGAUGCGUCGGUUCCUCUCCAAAAAAGUUGUAAAGCAUCGCAGAAAGCUGCUGCGUCGUUACUGGCGGUGGCUGGCCCGUCCUCGUAAAAAAAAGCCAACACAGCAGGCCGACAGCCCAAGCACAAAAAACAGCAGCACCCAACACACCAGCAGCAGCAGGAAAAAGGAAAAGACAAAGCACCACUCUCUGCAACAUACCAGUUCCUCCAUGGAAAUCUUCCCAGAUCUGACCGAUGAAACACCGGCAGCACUGUUCUCCAUCGACCCCUACCGCGGCGCCCUUGCUCCUGGCCAGAUCCAGACCUUCCAUGUGCGCUUCUCCCCGAAGGCUGUGGGGAAGUUUAAGACCAUCAUGGUGUGCAGGAUUCCUAAGCUGAGGCCAAGUCAGAAGAAGGUGCGGCUGAUUUUGAAAGGCAGGGCCCGGGACAAGAAGAAGAUGAGGUUUGGCAAACCCAAACGCCCGGCGUUACGGCAGAGAGAGGAGAGCCCGAGGCCCAAGAAGAAGGUGCACUGGAAACUGCCCCCUGAGUGACAGCGUUUGUGUCAGCUGGAGCCUCCACAGGAGCCAGCAACACUGUGCCUUCUGCUGCUGAUUG